GCCAGCAGGCUGGGAACGCAGCGGUUCCCCCACGCCUGCGUCCGCCGGAGCGGAGGCGACUUCACGCCGGUUUUCUAGCGAGCAUCGGCGCUCGUUGGUUUUUUUUUUUAUUUUAAAUAAAAGAAAAGAAGAAGAAGGAUGGACGGAUCUUCAAGAGGACAAACCCCGUGUGGUUGCUUCUGCUGUGCGCGGAGCACGGAUGGUGCAGCACUCUACCGAGCAGGCACCAGUGGCGGAGGCAGCCAACACUGUCAUCCUCCCGUUAUCCGCCCGGACAGAAGGGUGAUGGUGUAACCGACGAGCCGGUGACCCCCGCAAAUCCCUGUUGGUACAAUGAACGCCACCGGCACGCCGCCGGACCCGGCGGAUGUGCCGAGACAGCAGAACUUCAACGGCACCUUGGGCCCGCAGGCCUCUUCGGGCUGGGCCGUCAUCCACACAGCUACCCUGACCUCCUGCUCCCUCCUCCUCAUCUUCAUCUUCUGCCUGGGCUCCUACGGCAACUUGGUGGUCUUCCUCUCCUUCUUCGAUCCGGCUUUUCGCAAGUUCCGCACCAACUUCGACUUCAUGAUCCUCAACCUGUCCUUCUGCGAUCUGUUCAUCUGCUGCGUGACCGCCCCCAUGUUCGCCCUGGUGCUCUUCCUCGACGCGGGGGGCGGGGACGGGGUGUCUAGGAGCUUCUGCUUCGCCUUCCACCUGACCAGCUCGGGCUUCAUCAUCAUGUCGCUGGAGACGGUGGCCGUCAUCGCCCUGCACAGGCUUCGCAUGGUUCUGGGUCAGCAGCCAAACCGUACAGCCUCCUUCCCCUGCACGCUGGCCCUCACCGCCCUGCUGUGGACGUCUAGCUUCACCAUGGCCGCCCUGCUCACCGUGCGCGCGUACCCUCGCAAAGACGGACCCUGCUUGCCCCACUUUGGCCUGGUGAGCGGGCACGCUAGGGUAGUGCUGUACGUGUACCUGGCAGACUUCGCCUUCUGCGUGGCCGUGGUGUCGGUGUCCUACAUGAUGAUCGCUCAGACACUGAGGAAGAAUGCGCAGGGGAGGAAAUGUCCCGUCAUCACUGUAGACGCCACGCGCCCCCUGCCUCCGCCGGGUGCGCCGGGCCUCGAAGGGACGCAGUGCGCCGUCCCGGCGCCGUCGCUCUACCGAAACCAGAGCUAUAACAAACUGCAGCAUGUCCAGACGCACCCCUACACCAACCGAGGCGGGCAGCCGCGGGUGCCAGGUGCCGCCCAAGGAGCCACCUGCUGCCACCUGGUCUCCACGGUCAACCUGACCACGGCCAAGGACUCGAAGGCGGUAGUCACGUGUGUGGUGAUCGUGUUCUCGGUGCUCCUCUGCUGCUUGCCGAUGGGGGUUUCUCUGGCCCAGGACGUCUUGUCACAGGAGAGCAGUUUUGCGCACUACCAGUUUGAACUGUGCGGCUUCGUGCUCAUUUUCCUCAAAUCGGGCAUCAACCCGUUCGUGUACUCGCGCAACAGUGCGGGCCUCCGCCGGCGUGUGCUCUGCUGUCUCCAGUGGGUGGCGCUGGGCUUCCUCUGUUGCACGCAAAAGACCCGACUGCACGCGAUGGGGAAGGGCAGCCUGGAGGUCAACCGAAACAAGUCCUCCCAUCACGAGACCAACUCGGCCUACAUGCUGUCCCCCAAGCCUCACAGGAGGCUCGUGGACCAGGCCUGUGGGCCCAGUCACUCCAGGGAUUGCGCCGGCAGCCCAAGAGCCACCGGCGGGCGCAGACCUCGACCCCCCAGCACCUCCACGCCAAUCAACACCCGCAUCGAGCCCUACUACAGCAUAUACAACAGCAGCCCCUCAGCCGGGCCCAGCUCCCCCAACAGCCUGCAGCCGGUCAGCUCUCAGACCUUCGGCUUUGCAAAGUCCUACAUAGCCAUGCACUACCACACCCACCAGGAAGCACUGCAGGACUUGGAAAGCACCUCCGUGCACCAGAUCCCCAUUCCCUCUGUCUAGUCGACCGGGGGGGGGGGGGGUUUGGACAA